AUGGUUUCCUAUCUUGUGCCAGUCUUAGCCACUCUUGUUGGCAUCUCUGCCGCAGCCCCUUCUCCUCUCCAGCCUGAGAUUGCAAGCCAAUCCGGGCAAAUCAACUCCUCUACUGUUGAUACCUUUGAAACUCGCAAUGGCCCUGCUGCUCUCGCGGCCGCUUACAGCAAGUUUGGCAUCCAGGUACCUCCCUCGCUCUUGAAAGCCAUCGAUAGCCAGGCUUCCAAGCGUGGCCUGCCCAACUACAACCACAACCAGCUUGCUUUUGGUGUCGGUCUUGGCUCUGGAGGCCAGGGUCUGAACCUUGUUUUCGAUACUGCCAGUGCGGAUCUCUGGGUCUUUUCCACCGAGACAGAUCCCAAUGCCACCAACGGCCAUAACCUUUACAACCCCGGUGGCAGCUCCAGCGCAGCCAGACUCCAAGGUGCUACAUGGAACGUGACGUACCCUGACGGAACCUCUGCCAGCGGCGAUGUCUACUCUGACUCGGUGUACUUUGGUGGUCUUUCUGUCCAGAGACAGGGUGUUGAAGCUGCCGUUGCCGUCUCGCCAUACUUCGCUAAUGCCCGCAUGGACGGUGUCCUUGGUCUGGCUUUUAGCACGAGAAACACAGUCAGUCCUCAGAAGCAGCGCACCUGGUUUGAGAACGCACAGUCCACGCUCCAGAACCCUGUCUUUGGAGCUGAUUUCCGCCCCAACGGCUACAGCUAUGCCUACUUUGGCCGUAUUCCGUCCAACUUUGGAAACGGCUACGUUGCCUCUGUCGAUGCUGCUGAAGGACUCUGGAAGUUCCAGAGCGGUUCGUCGACUGGUGGCUCGUUCCCAGCCAUUGUCGACACUGCUACGUCGCUGAUUCUCGCCAACAAUGCUGUUGUUACGGCGUACUACAAGCAGAUCCAGGGUGCCAACUUCAACCAGGCCCUAGGCGGAUGGGUGUUUAACUGCAACACGCGUCCUCCCGCCUUCACGUUUACCGUUGGCACAGGCUAUAUCAGUGUGCCUAGCGCCUACAUGGUGUAUGCCCAGGCAGACCAGCAGCAGUGCUACGGCAGUCUUCAGGCUAACGGUGGCCUACCGUAUACUGUCCUCGGAAGCCCUGCCAUUUGGUCUUCCUAUGUGAUUCUGAACCUCGGAAACACGGGCAACCCCAGUGUGGUGUGGACUCAGAAAGUGUACUAG